AUGAGUAGAUCCAUGAGAAAAGGAAAUACACCUGCACUCAAUAGUUAAAUCAGACCAUUCUCACCAAAUCUUACUUUUAAAACUGACUAAUUAGAAAAUCAGGUUCUCCAACCCUGUUAAGAAAAAGCAGAAGUUUAAUACUUGCGUUAUGAGAUCUAAUAGGAAAGAUAGAGAUCAUCUUAAUUGGAGCUGUAGUUGCAAUGCGAAAUCAAUUAGAGAGUGCAAAAUGAAUAACUAUUUAUCAAUGAUAUCAACAUGCUAAGGCAGCAAAAUGAAGAUUAUAAAUUUAGAUCCUAAGAACUUGAAAUUAAAUUCAGAGAAAAUAGCAUCUAUCAUUAGAACCUUUUGAAAGAGUCUAAUGACAAAGUUGUUGCAAUGAGUAUGGAAAUUGAAAGACUUCACAAUUAUUAAUUAAUUAGAUACAACGAUAAUGAGCAGAUUUUAAGAUAGAAUGAUUAAAAACAAUUAGCUUAAGAGCUGAUAGCAAUUUAGAAAUUAGUCGAAGAUUUGCGAAAUGAAUUAAUUACCAAAUAAAAAACUAUCUUUUAUUUGCAAGAAUAAUUAUAGAUGACUUAGUCAACAUAAAGAGAGAACAUUGGUCCAACUGGUAAACUGAGAGAACAAGAAAAAAACAUUGAUUAAUUAGUGAGCUAAAUAAAUGUUCUAACUUAAAUUUUAGAAGACAAAGAUAAUUCCAUGUAAUAGUAAAACAAACAAGUCGAGAAUAUUUAUAAUGAAUUAUAAUAAGUCACUUAAUUUAAUAGGUAAUUAAAUGAGGAAAAUCGAAAUUAAAAAUUGGCUCUAGAGCAAGGCUACAAAGAAAUUGAUAGAUUAAACAGAAUCAUUUUGCUCAAAAAUUAAGAAUUAUAAGAUUCAUACCACAAUGAAAACUUAGAUUGGAGAAGAAAUUUCUAAGAUUUAAAUGAAAAAUAUCAUAAAGCUCAAGAAUAAUUAUGUUUCGCAUAAGCUGAACUCGAAGCAUGUCGUGCCACUUAAAGAAUGACUUAUUUAUAAUAAGAUAAAUGA